UUGAGAAAGAUAACAGCAAAGAAACUGGCUCGGGGCAGCAGCAGCAGCAGCAGCAGCGGCUCCUUCCCCAUUUGGCGGGAGCUGCUUCGCCUGUCGGCUGCAAGCCGUCUUCCCAGCCUCUCGAACCGCUGCAGCUCGAAGGGCCAGCGGCGGGGAUCGCCUCCGGUUCCCUCCUCCCUUCAUGCAGCUGCGUGACCCUCUCGGGCAAGAUGCCACCGCCGCCCUUAGUAGCACUGCUUGGAUAACCCCUCCCCAUGUUCUUGCCGCCGCCGUUUCUCAGGCCGGAUAGAGGAUGGUGCCCUGGUCGGUGGGGGGCUGUGACCGGGGGCUCAUCAGCCGCUUCCUUUCCUCCCCCUCUGGCCAUUGGGGCUCCCCCUGCCGCAGCUGCUAGUUGCUUGGGCGAGCGAUGACUUCAAAGCACCAGGCGGACUGGAUCCCUUACAGUGUUUUAGAUGAUGAGAGCAGCAAUCUGCGACAACAGAAGCUUGACAGACAGCGAGCAUUACUAGAACAGAAACAGAAAAAAAAACGUCAGGAGCCACUGAUGGUUCAAUCCAAUGUGGACAGUCGCACAAGAACCCGCAGAAUGAAACAGUCAGAAGAACAAGCACCACUAGUGGAAUCUUACCUCAACAGCAACAGCAACACCAUUUAUCAUGCAGUACAGGAUGCUGAGCAAGAAGAUGUCAAAGUGGUAGCAGACUCACAAGCUCCAAAAUCAACUAAAAAAACCAAGGCAGCUACAGGAGGCUGUCAAACUGGCAACAUCAGGAAGGAGAAAAGGGGGAAGCAUAAAGGAAUUGAUGGUCCUGCUGCUUUUCAGGAUGAUGUACAGGAAGUAGGCAGUCAGAUUCAGAUUCUUACUGUUGGAGAGGCUUGCCAAGAUGAAGAUGAUAGUGAGACAUUGGCUACCAACCAUCAACAAAGCAAACAGGACCUUCGAGUAACAAUGCAGAAAAAAGGUAUUUCAAGCAGCAUGAAUUUUGAUGAAGAGGAGGAUGAGGAGGAUGAGGACAGUUCAAGUUCCUCACAAUUAAACAGUAACACCAGACCAAGUUCUGCAACAAGCAAGAAAUCAAACAAGGAGACAGCUGCAGGGCCUAGCCCUUCAACUAACAGCCCUGUAAUAGAUGUUGAUGACCUGGAGGAAUUUGCUGUGAGACCAGCUCCUCAGGGUGUUACUGUCAAAUGCCGAAUCACAAGAGACAAGAAGGGAAUGGACCGUGGAAUGUACCCUACUUACUACCUGCACUUGGAAAGGGAGGAUGGUAAAAAGGUAUUCCUGUUAGCUGGAAGGAAGCGAAAGAAGAGCAAAACUUCAAAUUACCUCAUCUCGAUAGACCCAACAGAUUUGUCACGAGGAGGAGAGAGUUUCAUUGGAAAACUACGAUCAAACCUCAUGGGGACUAAGUUUACAGUUUAUGAUAAUGGAGUAAACCCAAUGAAAACAACAUUGAGUUUAGAGACAAGUAAUUUACGCCAGGAACUAGCUGCCAUUUGCUAUGAGACAAAUGUUUUGGGGUUUAAAGGUCCUCGUAAAAUGAGUGUCAUCAUACCAGGAAUGAAUAUGGACCAUGAAAGGGUUUCCAUCAGACCACGCAAUGAACAUGAAACGCUUCUUGCAAGGUGGCAGAACAAGAACACAGAGAGUGUCAUUGAGCUGCACAACAAAACCCCAGUCUGGAAUGAUGACACCCAAUCUUAUGUUUUAAAUUUCCAUGGUCGUGUAACACAGGCCUCCGUGAAAAACUUUCAAAUUAUUCAUGAUAACGAUCCUGACUACAUAGUGAUGCAGUUUGGCCGUGUAGCUGAGGAUAUUUUCACUAUGGACUACAAUUACCCAAUGUGUGCACUUCAAGCCUUUGCUAUUGCUCUGUCCAGUUUUGACAGCAAGUUGGCUUGUGAGUGAACAGGUUAUAUCUGAAUCUUACUCAGCCAAAGCCGUACACCACCAUAAGAAGACAACAAUAGAAAUUCCAGAUUUAAUCUGAUGUUUCAUACUUUAAUGGAACAGGUAAAAUUUGCUUUGUGAAGGACCAACCCUCUUGCUGGGGAGAAAAUAUUUUAAAAUUCAGAACUUUUGGAAUUAUUUUUCUUUCUAUUCUCUAUUUUUCUGCAAAUGGCACCAGAGAUCUGUAAAUAGACAUCCUAUCUUAUGUCCUCAGUUCUGUUAUGAAGAUGUGACAUGAUGUACUGUAAUGUGGCUAAAGCAAAAACACUAUUGGGAGUGGCAUAUUUUUCCCUAAAUCCAUGAAAGCUACUGCAGUGCAAAUCUGUUUUAAGUUCAAGAAGUAUUCAGAGGCUGUAAGCAGACCUCAAGAUCGCAUCACAUACCUUGAGAGCUUCACAUCACCCACUUUAGAAGCAAAACCAUGAGAAAGAUGCACUUUAAAAAAACCUGACAAAGGUAGCAUUUAAUCUCAAUGCCAGGUGAACUUGAUUUGUGAUAUUCUUUAUGGGGGGGCUGAUGACUUUUUUUGUUGUGAUGGGGAAUGGGUGGGAAAGAGGUAGGAAGCACAAAUUAAUGUUGCACAAGUCACUAAUAUUCCAAGCUGUCAUUUCUAUUGUUGUUUUAAUUUAAAUCUCACUUUCACAUGCAACCCCACUAUUACUUUUCAAAGUGAAAAAAAUCCCUUCCUUCCAAAUACUAUACAGAUGCUAGAAAUGAUAUGCUGCAUCACUGUAAGCAAUUAAAUGUUUAAAAGAUCUUGUUGGUCAGUGGUAGAGCACCCACUUUGUCAGCAGAUCUUGGUUCAGCUCUUUAGAUAGAGAAUCUAAGACAACAAAGUCAAGAUGAACUUUUCCUGCCUGUAGUCCUGGGAGCUGCUGCUGGUUUGAGUAGACAACACUGGGUAGAGUAGAUGGAUCAAGUUCUGACAUUGAAUAGGACAGCUUUAUGUGUUCAUUUAAUCUUUUGGCUUAAGGCCUCAGUAUAUUACUGACUGAGCCAUAUUUAAUAAGGAGCAAAACUAUUAUAGUAUUUACUAACUACAAUGUUUUCUUGUCCUUUUUAGUAUAAAUUCAUGUGUCUAACAUACUAAACUUAUAAUCAUUUAAGCAUUUUCAUAGACAGUAGCUGAAUAUUUAUUACAGUGUGAAUGUGCCAUCCAUAGAGACAGUUUUUUCUACUUCGGAGGGAUUUCCUGGUAUUUUAAAAUGGUGUUAUUUUACUUUUAAAAUUAAUGGAUGAAAAUAUUUGAAUUCUAAUAUUUGCUUAUCUUACAAUCCAGCAUAAAAAUACGGAAUGAGUUGUAAUUCUCCAUGUGAGCAGCAUAUCAUGUUUAUUUUCCACUUAACUUUUCACCUGUCAAAACUCAUCUUAUUCAGUUGUCAUAAUAUAAAGAAGUGGUGUCUCCUAGCCAUGGAGAAAUAUAAAAGAAUGAUCAUGAAUAAA